GUGGGAAGUCCGAGUUGAGGUUUACAUUUUGUCUUUGUCAGUUUGUGGGGUAAAUUGAUUUAUUCAACUCACAAAACAUGGAAUCCCAUAAAGAAGAAGCGGAUACCAGUGAAGUUUCAUUACUUAGAGAGUCAUUACCUUGUAGAGAGUCGCAAAUCAAGUUAUUGUUCUCGUUAUUUGGAGAGAGGAGCAGCAUGACUCUCCCAGCUUUAUUUAUUUAUGGACACACAGCAACAGGAAAAUCUGCUGUUGUUAAUUCAGUUCUCAGGACCUGUAUGUUACCCCAUGUGCUGGUGAAUUGCGUGGAAUGCUACAGUAGCAGGUUUCUGUAUGAAGCAGUCCUGAAUGGUCUAUACACCAACAGAGGCUCCCAGAAACCAGAUACACCCAUCAAGUGUGAAAACAUGAAUGACUUUGUCCGUCUCUUUCGUCAAAUAUGCAUGAGUCUAGAUCUACAUAAUGAAACUGUGUACCUUGUCUUAGAUAAAGCUGAACGGUUGAGGGAAAUGGAUGCCAACAUUUUACCAGCAUUUCUACGAUUGCAAGAACUAGUUGAUGGAAAUGUCUGUGUGAUUUUGCUAACUGAGAUUGUGUGGGAAAAGUUUCUCAGUGGAACAGGUUUUCCAGAGCCCUACAUAAUACAUUUCCCUGACUACAACAAAGACGAGUUGCUGAGAAUCUUGAUGAGAUCUGCCCCCUCCGAGUUUUCUGCUGACUUUUAUCAGAUGUAUCUCAGUCUUGUGCUCAGUGUUUUCCACAUAGUUUGUCGCAAUCUCACAGAACUUCAGCAUUUGGCUGCCAUUAAUUUUAAGAAGUACAUCGAGCCAAUAAAAAAUGGAGAAGCUUCCGAGAAUGACAGUCGUAAAUUGUGGAAAAAUUUUGAACCUCAUUUGAAAAAAGCUCUACAAACUGUGUAUCUCAGAGAAGUUUCAAGCACUCAGUGGGAAAGAAUGUUAGAAGAAUCUGACAUGGGAAAGAUGAUUACUCAACAAGGGCUGAGCUCCAGGACUCAUGUGGAACUGCCUUACUAUUCCAAGUAUCUGCUUAUAGCAGCCUAUUUAGCCUCCUACAAUCCAGCUAAAUCAGACAAAAAGUUCUUCUCCAAGCAUUCAGACAAACAAAAGAAAUCUAAAGUCAUCAAGAAACAAGACAGAACAAAUAACCAUAUGUUGGGUCCUAAGCCAUUUCCAAUGGACAGAUUGAUGGCCGUGUUUUAUGCUAUUGUAGAGGGAAAGGUUGCACCCACAGCAAACAUCUUUAUGCAGAUUACAUCUUUAGUGUCCGUUCACUUGCUGGCUCAGGUGGCUGGAGAUGACCAGAUAGAUGUACCUAAAUAUAAGUGUCUGGUCUCCUUGGAGUUCAUUAAAUCUGUAGCCAGGACUGUGAAUUUCGAUGUUUUACGAUAUCUCUAUGACUUUGUUUGAUGAAUUCAUGUGACAAUUCAGUGCAGUAACAAUGCAAACAGCUUACAUCAAUAAACAAAUCAGACGGAAGGACAAACACUGUGUUCAGUAACCUAAUGAGUCCUGUGACAAUGUGAAGUAGACAGUUCAUUAAGGAUUUGAAUGUGCGUCUCUUUUUGAAAGAAAAAACAACAACCAAACAAAUAUUCUUAUGAAUUUUGAGCUGUGAAGUUUUUGAAGUGUGACAGCUAGAGUCGACUCUCAAGAAAAUGAAUAUAAUGUUUAUGUCUAGGAGAACAAACAAGUGAAAAAUCUUGAGUUGUUAUUGAAAUGACUCAGCCUAUGAAAGGCAUAAAUAUUUUACAAAUUUUGACACCAUGAAGUAAAUAUCAAACCAUGUGAUAGAAAUAAAUGCUCUGCAUGUAAAUGCACUUAUGAAAAUAAAAAUUUACGCAUUAUUUUUUCAG